AUGACAUUCCAUCACUUCGCGUACAGCACGUCGCCGAACAGGGACCAUGGUGUUCUUGUCGCCUCCACCUUCGCCCCUCUGACGCUCCACGGCUGUGCGGUGGAGGUGGAGGUGCGCGGCAACUGCGCGCGUGUGCAGGUGCGCUACGAGUACGAGAACCACACUGGAAAGGACCAGCGCGUGAUCGCCGUCUACCCGCUGCCCACCGCAUGGGACCUCAUGUGCUGUACGGCCGACUACGCCGGUGACCACCUGCUGACGGACUACGUCGCCUCGGUGCCGCUGCGCUCGUCUGCGGCUGCUGGCGCCGCCGGCCUGCCGGGGCCGAAGUCCGACCACACCGUGUGGACCGUCGCGUCCCAGGUUUUGCCGUGGGUUGUC